GAAAUAGCAGGCACAGGUAGCUGUUGAAAGAACGUGCUGUCUCGUUUGUCAUGUAGUUUCAGACCACUUUGGUUCUUGUGGUCAUAGAGUGAUGUUGUGACUCUUUGUCUCUGCUCAAGUUCUUAGUAUUCUCUCCGCUCCUCCCUCUGACAGACGAGGAAACUCGAUCCAUUUCAAUUCUUAGGGUUUAGCAAGAAAAUGUCGGGUGAGCGGUUUUCUCAGCUUGCAGCGGAGCUUUACGUUGAGGUGGAACUGCAAGCGAAGAAUCUGCGUGAAAAUGCUGCACAGAUACGCAAAGACAUGGAUCGGGAUAAGGCGGCGUAUCAACAUAAAAUAAACACUUUGUUCUUACUUCUUAGGAUGUGUUGAGACAUCGUCCGUAGGAGCCACAACAUGAUGAAAAACAGUUCCCUCCUAAAUCUAAAUGUCACUUCUGCACCCCCAGUCAUUCUAGCAUUUACCCAAUUUUUUUUUCCGCGCCAGAGCAUUGAUUUAUAACUCACGAAUACCAUCGUCAUCGACCACCGGACCAGGACCAAAGCAACAUUGAUUUAUAACUCCUGAAUUAUACCAUCGACCAUCCUACCACGACAAACACGUGAACACUACAGAAUGGACCGCGAGUUUCAAGAAAGGUUCGAGGCCCUCAGACGAGAGCAAGAGGAUUUCGAACGGGAAAAGCAACAAAUGCUUCAAAUACCAGCAAGAGAAAAUGACGUCUUAAGUAUCAAUGCAGGAGGCAUACCCUUCAUGAUGAAACGGUCUCUGCUCACAGACGUUUUCCCACAGAGCUACUUGGCUAGAAUGUUCUCAGGUCGAUGGGAGCAAAGUAUCGAGAGGGAUCCCCAAGGGAAUUAUUUCUUAGAUGUUAUGGAUCAUCACACAAUGGAAUUAUUUCUUUUUAGAAGAUGUUAUGGACCUCACACAAUGGAAUUAUUUCUUAGAUGUUAUGAAUGAACUACAAGGUAAAGAAUUGAGGUUUUGUAGCCCAGACGAAACUAGGAAAAACAAUUACUAUGUAUUACGUUACUUCUAAAACUUCUAGUAUCAACGAUCCGAAACUGAAGUUCUCCACAUCUCCACGCUUCGCAUUUUGGAUCAGUGCACUCCAUUCCGUUCACUUUCGCUACCGAAGUCAAUAAGUUUUACUUGUAGUCACUCCGUCCAGAACACGUCUCCACGUUUAUUCCUCCAUUUCUCCCUCCCUUCAUACCCUUCGAUCCACAGUCUUUCGAUCUGAUCGUCAACUACCUACGUGACAAGCGGAUGGAGACCCCAGAGAGGCCAGCCGCUGUCCCCGUAGUGCAUCCCGACAAGAAGGAGUCCUUCGACAAUUUGCUGAACUAUCUUGGUCUUGUUGGCGAAAUCCCUACAAGAGCCAGCGCACAUGCAGCAAUAACUGCAGGAGGAGCUUAUGGCGGAGCAGGAGCUCACGGAGGUGGAGGAACAACACCAUCGUCGUCAUCAAAUCAGUAUGGAUGGGGAACAUCUAUACGAGGACACACGACGCCAGCAUUACAAUACAACAGAGGGGAAGGCGGUUAUGCAACGCCCACAGGAGCAAAUGGAGGUGGGGGAGCAGGACAGCAUCAGGUACCGAUUAGCUUCUCCUUUUGUGAAGAUGAAGUGCAUGUAUUUAAGGAUCAUCAGUAGCUUUCCUUUCGGGCGAAGAUUAUGGCCGGAGGAACAGAAUGAAGAGCGCAGAAUGGGGCCUUGGUAUCAGUGUGGGGCACAACGUGACUGGCGCCGUCUCACAGAGACAGUGGCGCUGGGCACAUUACGAAUCGGCCAGCGGUCGGCAACUGCACAAGGCAAACGAUGCAACUCGCUGCGCCUCGGGGCUGCGAAUGCGCAGCGUUCAUGAGGUGGGCAAGUUGCUGAUUAGUUUCGUGCCCCAUGUUGACACUGCAGGGGAGGCUCCGACGGUGCCGGUCAUCACGCUCUGCCUGCCGCCGCCGAGGCCCAGGGCCGUAACCAUUCGCCCAGCAAGCGACGAAGAACCGACGGGAAGCGGAACGAAGUAAGCAAGCGCGUGGGGGUAUUACGAUAGAUCCAACGACAGCGGAAGCCACGCACUUCUGGCAAGGCGACAGCUAGAGCGGUUCGCUGUGGCAGGACGAACCGCGCGGCCCAGUGCUUGGCGCGGGCGCCGGGGCGGCACCGUGCGCGAAGCACUCGAAAAUAUGAAAAGGACAAGAAAGCGCCACCCAGGGGCAGGGGGUGGGGGCGCGCCGUCUGAGGUGUCGAGCAGUCAGUCGCUGAGCGGGCGCGCGGCUCCUCCCCUCGUGUUGGUGAGGACUUUUUUCUUGAGCAGCGGGGAGGCUCGGGCUGGCAAUUUGAGUCGCCUUCGACGGCAGUGGUGGCGCGCGUCGGCACGGCUGUGGGCCACCCAGCGCUGGAGCUCGAGGGGCCUGCGUGGAGGUAGCUCCAGGGGCGCCGGCAGGCGAAGGGGGGAGGAAACUUGGCGCUUGUGGUGUUUGAUGCUCGUCCACUUUAUUUUCUUUGGGCGGAUAACUGUCGGCUUCCAGUGAGAGGGUGCAGCCCCGUGAAGGGGUUUCGCAUGGUCGUGCGUCAAUCUUUGCCCAAAGUUAACUGGGACAGGCGCCUGGUUUUGGCCGUUGACUACCAGGGCGGGCCGUGCCUCAAGGCCUUGCCUUCGCGCCGGGCACCUUGGGGGCCGGCUGCUGUGGUGGUGCUGCCGGGCGGCCGCAAUCUGGUGCGGCGGGAAGCGUUGGGGGCCUCGUUGCGGUUGCUGUGGGCGCGCGUGGUUUAUGGUCGCCACCGGUCAGGAGCAUAGUGGCGCGACUUCGUUGUUUAGGAUUGGCCCCCUUGCCUCCAGCCGGCUCACUCACUUCGCCGCUAACUUUUAGGGUGUUUGCCCAGCUUUUUGCCUGGGAUACGCUUGCUCUUGUUCUUCCUUCUUUGUUUUCCCUCUCUUCUAUAUCAUCUUUCUGAAUCGUCUCUAUCAACUUUAUUUACCGCUAUGAAUGUAUAGGUUACUUGUUCCCCUUACAUAUUAUCGCGUAGCUCUUGAUGAUCUUUCUGAAAUAGUUCACUACGUGACAUGAUCAUAAUAAUUGUUCGUGCCUUGUUUUUAUCCAUUCCAUCCUAGCCCCAAACCAACAUGAUCUGGAAUCUGUAUCACGACAACAUGCUCAAGAACAUUCAGAUCGUCGAGCAUGGUCGCAUAUUAGCGCAGCGCGAAACAGUAGCGCCAGGUUCUUCGAGAGGCAAUGGCAAUUACAACGACGCUCUAGGAGGGAAGGUCUCAAAAACGACUACAGAUCCCGGAACCGGAGAGGAGGGAGCAGGAUCAAGUAGUGCAGCAGGUAGAAAUUGAUAUUGAUGUCAAGUCUGUCUGUUUCUUGUAAUAUCUUUGCAAGAAUACAGUGAGUCAGAUACAGAGGCUGUUUCUACGGUUAUCAUGAACGAUGACAACCGGUACAACACCAACACCAGCAUGCGUGAUUAUCUCUACCCAUGAUGAUCAUUAUGCAGCAAUUUCGUUCUACAACGAAUCUAAACAAGAAUCACCCCAAAAACACGACAGAAUCAACGCAGCCUGAGAGAACAACUGGCGUUUCACCCGCAGCACCAACCACGCAGCCUGCGACAGUUAGAAAAUCGGUGCCAGGUUGGUCAAAACGAUACGCGCAUCCGAGCGUAUCUGUGGAAGAAGGUUCUUGUUCUAGGUCCUGUAGCUCUAGCAUUGGUAGCAGUUCUAGUAGCAUUGAUUCUUUCUGUUUGUAGCUCCAGAAGAAAUCUCAGUUAGAGUUGAAGGGUGGUCGGAGUACUGCAACACAUACAUAAGUCGGUAAAAAUGAUCUGAAACUUUUUCCACUUCUAAUACAUGACAUUCGAUCUUCAUGUUGAUCUACUACAUCGCACAACAGGUGGCAUAUGUAAAAUCCCCGCUACGAAUGACCACGGAAGUGCCGCGGCAGUAAGGGCUACUAGAGGCUUCAACAAAAGCGUUCACGCCUGGCAGAUAGUCGUGCAGAAAGUCUCAGACUACAGCUACGUAGGUUUCGUAGACGACACGUGGAACCAUUUCCAAUCGUGUAUCGGAAAGAGCAUGGGGAGUUGGGGUAUUGUUACCACUAAAAAGUUCUGUUCAUUUCAAUGUUUAAGCCUUAAGCUUCUUAGCCCACCUUAAACUUUAAGGUGGCCUAAGAAGCUCAAUGUUUGAGGUCCUCGUGUGAAAAAGGAAGUCUUGCCACGUGCAAGAUCCACGCUCCAAUCCAAAAAAAAGCAUUCCACUUUCCAAAAGCAAUACCUCUUUUCCGUGAAGGUCAACAUCUUUAAUGAAUUAAUACUUUUCAGGUAUCGCGUCCAAUGGCAUCCUCUACGCUCAGCGGAAUCAGACUGACAGUCCACAGGUAACCCGUUUUUACGAUCAGUCAGUGUUGUUAAGGCUUCUCCUAAUCCAUCUCUGCUAUAGACAUCGCGCAACGGUAUGUAUGUGCAACGAUGGAUAUUUAUUUUUAUAAGGGAGAAGAUGCUGACACAUAUUGUUGCGGGAUCCCUACUACAGAGAUGAACUCGGGGAAGCUCUAAUGUUGGAGUUUGUGGUUGAUUUAGACUCCCGAGCCUGCCAUGUGACCAUUGACGGUGUAAAACAUGAACGAGUUUUCACGGAUCUUCCUAAAACCCUGUAUCCCGCUGUAUCGAAUUGCCGCUCCCCCGCGAUCUAUAAGGUUACCUUCUAAUAGAGAUUCAAGUUCAAACCGCUUGUCUUGUUGAUCUAAGUAGAAAAAAUUGAAUUCUAAGUCAGUUUGAUGAAUUUGUCCUAGAAGCUAGUCAAAUUCUCGAAAUGAGAACCCCUGUUGGAUAAAAACAAUUUUAUUACUGAGAACAGGUACGAGAUAGUGGUAGAAUCAGACCCUCUGGCAUGCUUAGUCGGAUGAUGUACUUUCCCAUUCCGUAAUGAAGACUUUUGAGUUUGACCUCAAGAAGCUCAACAAGAGGAGCAGCUCGAUUUAGUACUAGACAAAUGGGC